CUCUCUUUCACUUUAUUCUUUAUUAAACAUCAUCUUAUUAAAAAACAUGUCUCUUACAUAUAUCGUCACUGGUGCCUCUCGUGGACUUGGUCUUGAAUUUGUCACCCAAAUUGCUGCCAAGGGCCAUACUGUCUUUGCCUUAGCACGUAACCCUAGUGCUUCCGAAGGACUUCAAAAGUUGGUCGAUAACAAGAAGGUCUUUGCCGUUCAACUUGACACUACAGAUGAAAAAUCAAUCAAGAAUGCUGUUGAAGAAGUUAGCAAAAACGCACCUCAAGGUGUUGACGUUUUAAUUAAUAAUGCUGGUAUCAGUGGAGACCGCGGAGGAAACAUCAGAAAGACUGCUGAUGAAGAUUACAUCAAUGUUUUCACCACCAACGUUGUUGCUGUGGCCAGUGUCACCAACGCUUUCUUACCAUUACUUCGUCAACGUGGCCAAGAUCACACAAAGAAGAUCUUAAACAUGUCUUCUAUCCUUGCUUCCAUCAGCCAAAUCAAUACCAUCAACCCCACAGGAAAGGCAUCCGCUUACUCCGUGUCCAAAGCCGCUUUGAACAUGCUCACAAAGUUAACUUCUAACCAACUCGCAAGCGAAAAUUUCAUUGUUUACGCUUCUCAUCCUGGUUGGGUAAAGACGGACAUGGGCGGUGACGAUGCCCCCAUCGAAAAGAAGGACUCCAUUGCUGGAAUGUUAAAGGUCAUUGAAAAUUUGACACCUGAGCAAAAUGGUUCCUUUAUUGAUUUUGAAGGAAAUCAACUCCCUUGGUAAACAAUUUAAUACAUACAUAAUAAUAAUAAAAAAAAACUAUAUACAUAUA